AGGCCAUCGGUGGUGGCAUUAUGAUCGUGCGCUCUGUUACGUCGCGUUUGUUAUUGUACGCACCUCUUCUUUGUUUUGCGGCUACAUAAUUGUAUCUGUGUAUGUGUGUAAACAAAAUUAUUGUCGCAUUGGUAUGACGAGUUGUGACGGCUGCUGUAUCUGUAUCUACAAAUGCGACAUCAGUGACAGUAGGCUUAACGUUAGUUACUAGUUAGGGAAGACGUGGUUGGGAAAGAGUGGUACGGCGACGAGACGGCAUAAGCGUUUUCGGACAAUGGUUUUUGUUUCGUUGUACCGAAGCGCAGCCCGUCAAGUCGUCACUCACGUCGAAGUUGUCCCGCUCAGUCCCAACUGAACUGUCCAAAUCUGAUAAAUAGUAAUAUUUCUGUAAAAAUAAUUUAUGUUGACGAUAGUCGACGAUCUUACUAAAUACCAGUAAUAUUAUGCAGUCGUCCUUUUCGAGGUGAAUGUCAAGUUAAAAUUUGAUAAUGGAUAGUUUAAUUAGAGAUGUGCCAUCUAAUAUAUACCAUCACAAUAAUUCUACAGUUUCAAACAUGAAACAUAGUUAUGUUCAAUUAACUAAAACACUUUUAGAUGAAGAUGCUCAAAUAAAUAAAAAACUACCUAAAGAACUUUUAUUACGAAUAUUUUCAUACCUAGAUGUUGUUUCACUAUGUCGAUGUGCUCAGGUAUCUCGUGCUUGGAAUGUACUUGCUUUAGAUGGAAGCAAUUGGCAAAAAAUUGAUUUAUUUGAUUUUCAGACAGAUGUUGAAGGGCCAGUCAUAGAAAACAUUUCUUGCAGAUGUGGUGGUUUUUUAAGGCAAAUAAGUUUGCGUGGAUGUCAAUCAGUUGGAGAUGGUUCUUUAAAAACUCUUGCUCAGUGUUGUAAUUUUAUUGAGUAUAUCAACCUUAAUGGUUGCAAAAGAAUUACUGACAGCACUAGUCAAUCAUUAAGUCAAUAUUGUAAAAAACUUUUGUCAAUUGAUAUAGGCUCUUGUUCUAUGAUAAGCGAUUUAUCAUUAAAAUCAUUAUCUGAUGGCUGUCCUAACUUAACUCAUGUUAAUAUAUCUUGGUGUGAUGGAAUAACAGAAAAUGGAGUUGAAGCUUUGGCUCAUGGAUGUCCCAAACUAAAGUCUUUUAUAUCAAAAGGAUGUACUAGAAUGACAACACGAGCUAUAAGUUGUUUGGCACAGCAUUGUCCGAAAUUAGAGAUUAUUAAUUUGCAUGGCUGUAAUAAUAUUGAAGAUGAAUCUGUGAUCAAUUUGGCUAGUAAUUGUAACAACCUUAAAUAUUUGUGUCUAGCUAAUUGUUCAUUGUUGACAGAUAAUUGUCUAAUAGCAUUAGCUCAACAAUGCUAUCAAUUAAAUACUCUUGAAGUUGCUGGGUGUUCUCAAUUUACUGAUCUAGGAUUUCAGUCUUUAUCCAAAACUUGUCAUUUAAUGGAAAAAAUGGAUUUGGAAGAAUGUGUUCUUAUUACAGAUUCUACACUAGUCCAUUUAGCCAUGGGAUGUCCACGUCUUGAAUAUUUGAGUUUAUCACAUUGUGAACUGAUAACUGAUGAAGGAAUUAGGCAUUUGGGCACAUCCGCAUGUGCAUCAGAACAUUUAGCAGUACUAGAAUUAGAUAAUUGUCCUUUAAUAACUGACGCAUCUCUUGACCACCUUAUUAACUGUCAUAAUUUACAAAGGAUAGAAUUAUAUGACUGUCAACUGAUCACUAGAACAGGAAUAAGACGACUUAGAACUCACUUACCAAAUAUAAAAGUACACGCAUAUUUUGCCCCUGUGACACCACCACCAUCUACUGGCAACAGUCGUCAACGUUAUUGUAGAUGUUGUUCUAUUUUGUGAGUCCAACUUAAAGUGUGAUGUUAACCGAACAAAAUUAUUCCUUUUUUGUAUUAUAUUUUUGUUUUACUUCCUAUUUUUUUCAAUUAAUUAAUAUGGUGAUGUUUAAUUUUGUUUUUUGUUAUAUAGUUUUUUAAUAUACCUAACAUGUUUUUUGGGUAUAUCAAUAUGAAUAAAUCUACUACAAUAUUUAUGAUAAAACUCAUUUCGAUCAAUAUUUAAAAUUUUUAUUAUUCAUUUUUAAUAAUGUAUGUUUUUUAAGCAAAAAUUAUGGUGCAUGCAGUAUUUUUAAAAAAAAUGUUAUUAAAAAAUAAGCACUUUAAAUGUUAAUUUCAAAUUUAAAAUAAGAUUCUGAUUUA